AUGAGUUCUCUAAUAUUUGUUUUUCUUAUUGUCCUUUUUACUGAUGAUGGUGUUCUUGUUAGAGGAGGAAAUAGCGAAAUAAACUUUGAUCAAAAUUACAAGGUGAUAUGGGGUGAUAAUCAUGCUGUGUCUUUAAAUCAAGGGACAGAAAUUCAGCUCUUAAUGGAUAAUUCUUCAGGAGCUGGGAUUGGAUCCAAGAUGGACUAUGGCUCCGGAUUCUUUCAUCUAAGGAUCAAAGUACCAGGAAACGAUUCUGCGGGAGUUGUCACGGCCUAUUAUAUGAGUUCACAAGGAAGUUCAAGCAGGCACGACGAGCUAGACUUCGAAUUAUUGGGUAACAGAGAAGAGAAGCCGUACAUAUUACAAACCAAUGUAUUUGCAGAUGACGGAGGAAAUAGAGAGCAAAAGUUAAAGCUUUGGUUUGAUCCUAGACAAGAUUUCCACGACUACCAAAUCCUUUGGAACCAACAUCACAUUGUCUUUUUUGUGGACAAUAUCCCCAUUAGGGUAUUCAAGAACAUGAGUAAUAUUGGCGUUAGCUAUCCAACAAAGCCAAUGCAAAUACAUGCAUCUUUGUGGGAUGGAGAUAGUUGGGCAACAGAUGGAGGCAGAACCAAAAUAAAUUGGAGCAGUGCACCUUUCAAAGCAUAUUUCCAAGGCUUUGAUGUUAAAGGCUGUGAAGUUCUUCAAAACUCAUCAGAUAUUCAACAUUGUGAUUCUGAUAAGUACCAAUGGAAUACCCCAAGCUUUUGGCAACUGGACCCUGUAAGACAAAGACAAUAUGAAGAUGUGAAGACGAGAUACAUGAUCUAUGACUAUUGUACUGAUAGGAAGAGGAAUCCCACACCUCCUUUGGAGUGCCAACAUUGA